GGUUUCAAGCGUUCUACUUAUGUUGUUCGUAAAGCUGAAGAAUAGUCUCUCUUAAAGGUAGUGAGUGCUCUUCUCGGACAAUUAUUGUUUCGAAUUUGGUACCAAGCUAAAAAACAUUCAGCCAUUCUCCAAGUGCUUGAGGCACAGCCAUCUCAAAGCAACCUCCAGUUGUUUGACUCACAAGUGUGACUUUGAGGAAUUCACAGGUGCAACAUUGAAAUAAUAUGCCGUUACCAAUCAACUCUUCCAUGGUUUCAACCGACUAUCGAUGUUGGGUCCUCUUGGUCCUAGGAGUGACAUUUCUCUUAACAAGUGUGCUAAAUUACCUGGACAAUUCCUUAUUGAUUUACGAACGUGUCAACUCAACUCAGGAACCACAAAUUGAUCAAGUACUAGUUGUGUAUGAUUUAGUACCAAGGGUAUCUGAUGAGUUUUCCCAAGAGCUCCAGGUAUUCGGACGGACUCGUAGGGCCAAAUUCAAUGUUGUGGAACUUAAUCACAAGCGGAAGGUCUUGUCCAGAAAAGAUCAGGAAAAACUCGUUAAAACAGUAUGGAGUCUGAACAGACCUGUUGCGGUGAUGGACUCGGUCAGAUUUGUGGAUUUCUCCAACUUCUCGAGCAUCGAUGUCCGGCCGUUAUAUUUCGCUUUGGUGGAACAUCCGGUUAGCAAGUUCAUCGAUUGGUACCAGAACUUUAUGAAUGCAAAAAGUACUUCACGUAUUAUCCGUCAAACAUUUUGUUUGGGGCAAUCAGAUAUUACCGCAUGUGUAGCGGAUCGCUUGGCCAUGGAUGUGAAUACGUGCUUGGAGAGCGAGGACAUCUUUUGCCGAGUCUAUCCCGAGUUCGUGGACGAUCUCACUAUCAUACCCUCUUUUUGUGGACAUCUAGAGCAAUGUGAGGAGCCAAAAUCUUCAUGGGCCCUUCAAAUGGCCAAAUUUAAUGUUGAAAAGUGGUUCCCAGCCAUUGGGGUGGCUGAGAAGUGGAAGGAGACUCUAAUAGUGGCCUCCAAAAGAAUCCCUUCGUAUUUUCAAGACAUCAUGGACUUUUCCUUAUGGUACCAAAAAGAGAGAACCAACUCCCUUCUUCAACCUUCAUAUCCUGACCCGUGGUCUAGACUCACCAGUCAGGCUCAAGAGAACCUCAAAACCACAUUAAAAGACGAGUUAGAAUUUUACGAGUACUUAAAGCAAAGAAUUAUCCGCCAAGCCAUUUUAUCAAAACAAUGAUGGACUAUUGAGGAAGAGUCUACGGUCAUUCUUAUUGUGGGUGAUAACAGUUUGUUUUAUGUGUUAGUCCAUUUAACUAUCAGUUGUAAAAACUAUGGAUACCAUAAAACCACUUGAUCAAUGAAAGCUCCAUGGAGGGACAAAAUCUAAAUCAUCCAAAUGAUAGAUUCAAAUGCUUUGGUAAUUUCUUAAUCCAACCCAUUUUUCUAUUGCUUUCCUAAUAUUCUCAUAUUUUGCGAUUACAUUGUCUAGUUAAAUAUUAGUAAUCAUCUUUCUUUUACAAGGAACAGUUUUCAGCGGUAUGAAGUUCCCUCCACGGCACGCAGAAGAAACCAAACGCCACCAUUGGAAACUUCUUUCGUGGCGUCGUGUUCACAGAUUCAAGCCACUCAUGAAGUAAAAAGACAUUCUGGAACGUCAAAUUUGGCUUCGAGGGGUUUUGAAGGAAAUUCAUACCGUGAAAACCGGUUCUUGUAAUAGAAAACUGUGUAUUCAAUAGCGUCGGCACACUUUGUAUGCAAUUUAUUCAAGUUUGGAUCUCAAAAAGUCGAUCGGUCAAGACGCCUUGCUUGCGUUCGCCAUUUCGUCAUGCCCUCUCGUGGGAAGAGAAGCUCGGGCAAGCCCUCACCCUUCUCUUUUUAAACUCGACGGCAUGAAAUGAGCGAAUGCAUUCAAGGUGUCUCGACUUUGUCGACUUUCUUCAAACCUCACUUCUAUAAACUACAUGCAAAGAAUGCCCCCGUAAUUGAUUAAAAAGCUAUCUUUUUUCUCUUGAACUGUUUUUGCCGAUUCCCAAACUUUAACGAUUCUGUGAAACUCUGCUCGUCAAGUCAUUCACCCCAGGAGCCAUUAAUUUCCCAAAUAUUAAAUUGUAAACGAAUUUUGCCAUUAGACUUCUAUAGAGUUACUGAAUUACAUUCCCGGAGCUUGU